AUGUGGGAGUCGAUUUAUUUUCUGGUGCUGAUUUGGGAGAAGCUGGGCAUUGAGAUUCAGAAAGACCGAGCUCGAGGCCUUCUAGGCCCAUCACAGAAGACAUACAUUGAGAAGGAAUGCAACUUUGGAUAUGGAAAGAAGGUUCUGAGGUACCUACAGAGAACAAAGGCUUAUAUGUUGAUAUACAGAUGCACAGAAAAUUUAGAGCUUGUUGGUUAUGCUGAUGCGAAUCUUGGAAAAGCAGAGGAUGAUUACAUCUCUACUUCAGGUUUUCUUUUCAAGAUGGCACGAGUAGCUGUUGCUUGGAAGAGUGCUAAACAAACUAGUGUUUCGAGUUCAACCAUGUUUUCAGAAUACAUAGCUUGCUAUGAAGCCACUUCGCAUGCAAUAUGGCUGAGGAAUUUUAUUAAAGACAUUAAGGUGGUGGACUCGAUUUCUAAACCAAUACAGAUAUAUAAUGACAACACUGCGGCUGUUUUUCACUGCAUGAACAACAAGAUGUCGUCUAGACUUCAGCAUAUUGACAGAAAGUAUUUGAUAGUGAAGGAGAAGAUAGCGGACAAACUAGUUAGGUUUGAUCAUAUUAGAACUCAAGAUAUGAUUGCAGAUCCGUUCACAAAGUUUUUGCCUUCAGAAGCUUUUCUGAGACAUGUUGAGAGCAUGGGACUUUUCUUAGCUUUGAUGCUACAAUCUAGUAGGAGUCUUAUUCCCAUUAUGAUAUUUUACUAG